AUGAAGACCUUUAUCGUUGCUCUGGCUAUCUUUGGUGUGGCUGCUGCUGGGCCGCGGGGUAAACGAGGAGUGGUGGAUCAUGGUUAUGGGCACGGCGUGUCCUACGCGGGGGUUUAUGCUGAUCACGGUUACGCGGGUCACGGAUAUGCCGGUCACGGAUACGGGGCGCACGGGGUAGCCCUUGCGGGGCCUGUUCUGGGCCCGGCUAGUGUUGCCGGACCACAUGUUGGGGCUUCGUCUCUUGCCGGGCCUGCGAUUGGGCCGUCGCACUUGGCCGGAUCCGUCGCCGGACCUGUUCAUGUCUCCGGAGCUGUCGCGGGCCCUGCCACGGUCACCGCGUCUGUCGCUGGUCCCGCACAUGUCGAGCACUUCGGGGGGCCUCUUGAUGGGUCUUACGACGGCGGCUACGGGGGCUACGGGGGCUACGGACAUGGCGGCUAUGCCCACGGCGGCUACGGAGGGUAUGCGAAGGGACUCGGAGGUUACGGAUAUGGCGGUCAUGGGGCCCAUGGGGCUGUGAUCGUCGGUCCUGCGGCUCACGGAGCUGUCUACGCAGGCCACGGGGCCCACGGAGCCGUUCUCGCUGGGCCCCAUGCUCAUGGCGCUGUUCUCGCAGGUCCGCACACUCACGGAGCCGUCCUGUCGGGGCCUCAUGCAGGCGCCGCUGCCGUCUCCGGACCGCAGGCUGGCGAUGUCGUCAUCGCUGGGCCCUCCGGCAAAAUCACUGCGCACGGCACCGGUCACGGCGCUGGAAUCCACACAGGAUACGGUCAUCAUUGGUAACGACUCGACGUUGAUAAAGAUAAUUCUUCAGAAGCCAAUCAGCAUUGACUUGGGAACAGGUGGACGUGCCGAGGCGCUUUCAAACUCCUGCGGCCAAAAAUAUUCGAGGGAAUUGUCA